UGUGGAUAGAAAAAAAAAUGACGGCGUCGAGGAAGUGAGUUCCUGGUUAGAAGUGGGAAGUUAAUAAACAGCUAGUUAGCAAAGUAGCUACAAAUACUUAGUUUUUUAAAGAGGGUGAGUUAAAUUCAGCGGAUUAUCGACGAUGAUUUUACACCGUGUUGUUUACGUGCUACUUCCGGUGUUGGUGUGUUUAAGCGAGGCCAGAAUACAUCGCCUUACUCUGAAGAAUGAAACGCGUUUCCUCGUCCACCUCAACACCUUCGGGUAUUUCGCUAACGCCACUCUGGAUGUCAACCUGCUGUCUCUACAGCUCCCUAAAGAGAAGGACGCAUCCCCCCGUCAGGUGGGCUUCAGUCUGGCCAGGUCUCGGGUAAACGGUGUGUUUUCAUACACAACCGAGGACACGGACCAGUGCACUCUGUCCAAAACCAAGAGCGAGGACAAUCUGAUCCUGUUCAUCAUCGACCCCAGCAAACUGAGUGUCAGUGUGAAGGCAUUCGGUGAGAAGGACAGUGUCUUACAGGCUCGGCUGAACAGUGAAGAAAAUGUCUCUCGGAAGAAAAGAGAUGACGCUAAAUCAGACCCUAAUUCAAAUCAAAAGCCUGCCAAUCCUGAUAAAGUACAGAACACUAACGAGAAUAAUGCAGACACACAGAAUGAUGGGAAAGGGUCAGUAGACGCAGAAAGUAAAGAUAAAGGGUCAGUAGACACAGAAAGUAAAGAUAAAGGGCCAGAAGACGCAGCAGGUAAAAAUAAAGGGCCAGAAGACGCAGCAGGAAAAAAUAAAGGGCCAGAAGACGCAGCAGGUAAAAAUAAAGGGCCAGAAGACGCAGCAGGUAAAAAUAAAGGGCCAGAAGACGCAGCAGGUAAAAAUCAAGGGCCAGAAGACGCAGCAGGAAAAAAUAAAGGGCCAGAAGACGCAGCAGGAAAAAAUAAAGGGCCAGAAGACGCAGCAGGUAAAAAUAAAGGGCCAGAAGACGCAGCAGGUAAAAAUCAAGGGCCAGAAGACGCAGCAGGUAAAAAUCAAGGGCCAGAAGAGGCAGCAGGUAAAAAUAAAGGGCCAGAAGACGCAGCAGGUAAAAAUAAAGGGCCAGAAGACGCAGCAGGAAAAAAUAAAGGGCCAGAAGACGCAGCAGGUAAAAAUAAAGGGCCAGAAGACGCAGCAGGUAAAAAUAAAGGGCCAGAAGAGGCAGCAGGUAAAAAUAAAGGGCCAGAAGACGCAGCAGGUAAAAAUAAAGGGCCAGAAGACGCAGCAGGAAAAAAUAAAGGGCCAGAAGACGCAGCAGGUAAAAAUAAAGGGCCAGAAGACGCAGCAGGUAAAAAUAAAGAGCCAGAAGAAGCAGCAGGUAAAAAUAAAGAGCCAGAAGAAGCAGCAGGUAAAAAUAAAGGGCCAGAAGACGCAGCAGGUAAAAAUAAAGGGCCAGAAGACGCAGCAGGUAAAAAUAAAGGGCCAGAAGACGCAGCAGGUAAAAAUAAAGGGUCAGCAGAAAUCAAGAAUAAUGAAAAUACGCCUAAAGAAGACGCUCCUGGGAAAGUGGAGAAGACCAAAUCUCUUAGCCAGGUGACAAGCAUGAAUGGAGUGUCGUUGGUCCUGAACCAGUAUGGAGACACCUACAACUUCACAUUUCAUAUCACUAUGGGUGCUCAGGAUCAGGGCCUGUACAGUCUGAACUUUCACUACUGCUCCAACAGCAGGCCUGGAGCCGUAAGCCCGUACUCCCUCAGUGUGGAGAUCAGAGAGAAGAACCCGGAUGGCUUUCUCUCGGCUUCUGAGAUUCCUCUACCGCGUCUCUACAUCAGCAUGGCUGCCCUGUUCCUCACAGCGGCCAUCAUCUGGACAUCAACACUGCUCAAACACAAGUACAGUGUGUUUAAGAUCCACUGGCUGAUGGCGGCACUCACCUACACCAAAGCCGUGUCCUUGGUUUUCCACAGCAUUAACUAUCACUUCAUCAACAUGGAGGGGCAUCCUAUCGAAGGCUGGGCUGUAAUGUACUACAUCACUCACCUCCUGAAGGGGGCGCUGCUGUUCAUAACCCUGGCUCUGAUAGGAACAGGCUUCGCCUUCAUCAAAUACAUCCUCUCUGACAAGGAGAAGAAGAUCUUCAUGAUCGUCAUCCCUCUACAGGUGUUGGCUAACGUGGCGUACAUCAUCAUCGAGGAGACGGAGGAAGGCUCGAGUGAGUACGCGCUGUGGAGGGAGAUCCUGUUCCUCGUAGACCUCAUCUGCUGCGGAGCCAUCCUCUUCCCUGUCGUCUGGUCGAUUCGACACCUGCAAGAGGCCUCGACUACAGACGGAAAAGCUGCAAUGAAUCUGGAGAAGCUGAAGCUCUUCAGGCAUUACUACGUGAUGAUCGUGUGUUAUAUCUACUUCACGAGGAUCAUCGCUAUCCUGCUGAAAGUCACCGUACCCUUCCAGUGGCAGUGGUGCCAAGAGUUCCUGAUAGAGGUUUCCACUCUGGUGUUCUUCGUGUUGACGGGCUUUAAGUUCCGGCCGGCGUCUAAUAACCCGUACCUGCAGCUUCCUCAGGACGAGGAGGACCUGGAGAUGGACGAAGUGGUGACGGAGUCGGGAGUGUUGGAGGGCAUCUCGAAGGUGAAGAAGACGUCCAACGGCCGAGAGAGACAUAGAGAUUCUGCCUUGUGAUGAUGACAUUCCGGGGGGAGGAGCCUGGACUGUUAAACUCCACCCCCUUUAUUCAGCCAUUCCGCCUAUAGUUGCUUCCAAGACAUCUACAGAAGCGAUCAGCUAUGCAAGAGAGGGGGGAGGAAAAGCAGGGCAGAGUGUGUGUGUGGGUGUGUGGGUGUGUGUGGGUGUGUGUGUGGGUGUGCGCGCGUGUGUGGGUGUGUGUGUGUGUGGGUGUGUGUGCACGAAAGAAAGAGAGAUAGGAAUUUCUGAACUGUUUCCUUAUAAGGAAAUCGAAUUUCUCCUUUAAAAAAGGGGGACUCGGAGCAGAGCCAAGGGACCGGUUUCAUCCAUUUAUCUUAUUUUCUUCACUUUUCCACCAUCUGAUCUGUCUCACCUUCUCCUCCUCCUGUCUUUCUCUCCUUAUCCAAAGAGUUACAAUCAUUUACAGAAAAGAAAAAAAAAAACUUUAUUUAAAGGAACAGUUUAGCCAAAAAUGAAACUCUGGUAGUCGAUCAUCCAAGUGUGCUUCUUUAUUUCUCACAGGCGCUACGAGGCUAAUGUGCGAUGAUCUACGCAUACAGUUUGCAAAACUGGAGGCUAUAGGCUUCAAUUAAUUGUUAGCAUUAUUAGCCUCGCAGCAGCGCAAAAAUUCGUGAUGAAGAGGAAGUUGUAGAUGUUAAAUUUUUGUUCGAAAUGUUCCUUUAACUGUGUUCGCUCUUAAUUUAACCAAACGUUUUCUUCUCUUUGUCUGUGUUAUUUAACUGAUGAUUAUUUGGCGUGUUUAUGGUUUUAUUUCUGCCGUUUCUGUUAGCGUGUGUUGAAAAAUCGAAUAUUUUUUGACUUGUCUUGACUCCAUCAACUCCUGAACCUCAGCUACAAGGUCUGAGGAGAAGAUUUGUGUUUCUGAUGUGAUCUCGUUAACUCGCCGCCAUCUUAAGAGCCGAUCCAUAACUCCUAAGUUCAGGAGAAGUUCUUUGGUUGACGAUCGAAUCAGCGUCACUCUAGACCUCACACGAGAGGAGCACAAAUUACCCAGAAGGCAUUUCUGCAUUACAGCACAGUUUCCUUUCAAAAACUCCUCUGUUUGCUGGAACUGCUCCACGUUCCUUUUGCACUAGCAUGCUAGCAACGUCAAAUAAAGCGCACACCAGCUAUGAUAGCAAGCUAACAUAAUCAUAACAAUCAUAGCAGUUGUCAUGCCAACUCGUUAGAAUGCUCGAGAGGCGAUUCUGACGGAGUUGUAGAUGUUACACUCUUAAAAAGUAGAAAACAGUAUUGAACCCAGAACUCGAUUUGCUCCAGGUCCAGAACUGAGUGGAUUAAGUCACGCUCCAUGACCAGUUUAGAAAAUCUGGUUUGAUUGACAGCAGUUAGUCCCACCCCUUCAUAUCAUUAUGAUUUUAUUUCCUGGCACAAAGUUGGUCGAGUUAUUUUAGUGAAACCAUGAAAACACCAAGCGAAAGUUUGAACCUCCAUGUUCACUUUGUAUCGUCUUUUUUUCGUCCUGUUGUCUUGAGAUCAUGAGAUUGAGAUACCAAAAGGCUCGUUCCAAAGUGGACAGCUGAAGACAUGACACCUUUUUCAACAGGUACACUUUCGCCCAAGCAAUCGCCUCGUUCCGCAGUAAACAAACUAGUUAUGCUAGCUAGCUAAGUAUAUACAAAUCCCUGUUUCACUAAUUUAAACUCAUCAAACAACUAGUUAAAUUCGUGACGGCCAAUGUGAACAUCUCAGCUACCUGUUUACCUCUUUGGCCUUUUAGCUUUUUCAAGAAGACAACUUGUUAUCUCUGGAUCACCAGGCAAUACUAAUAACUCAUGGUCUUGCUGAACAUCUGUAGAACAUCUGUAGAUGUUCAGCUUCGUGUACUUGGAGAUGCUUUGGAUUUCAGCUUUGUGUACUUGGAGAUCCUUUGGAUUUCAGUCUUGUGUACUUGGAGAUACUUUGGAUUUCAGCUUCGUGAUACUUGGAGAUCCUUUGGAUUUCAGCUUUGUGUACUUGGAGAUGUGGCGUUUUAGAUGCUGGACCUGCUCGUCUGGGCUGCAGAGGCUCUGAUGAGAUCACAUACCCAACUUUCUAACACGUUUUUAACAUUAGUACAGUUGGAGAUGGGAUACACGGUACCUGUUGGAGAAGGUGUCCUAUCUCGUACAUGAUCUGGUACGGUUUUGACGUCGAUCUGAAACAGGGAUUUUAGUAAUUAACACCUGUAUGAAGUGAGACGUUUGUUACAUAAUAAAGAUCUUAAUUAUGUAACAUUUUUAUUCCAUUUGUGAGGAAAAAAUAAGUCUGAAUAAAUUAGCGUAAAUUAAAUCACACUGUUACACGUUAGGGGACUCGCUUUAGUCACGACUUGCACAUGAUCGUUAAGAUUUAAUUACAGAAAAUUAAAUAAUACAGGUGUUAAUGACUAUUAGCUAUGGGUUAUUAAUGCUAAUAGUUAUAGAAGCGACGGCUAACAGCUGCGGCGUUGUUGUAAAUGUUUACAGCAUUGUCACUCCAAAAUAGAGCAAUAUGACGUCAGGAAUAACGACUGAUGCAGUUCUAAAAUCAUAUGUUUCUGUUCACGCAGUUUUGGACUUGUGUUUCUGGAGUAAAGACAACAUUUACGAGUAUUUGUUUAUCACGUGUUUGGUUGUUUGUCGUGUUUUUGUGUGUGUUUUCCGUUUCUUUAUAACCCUCUUCAUCCACUCAAAGCAACUCCUGAGGAACUUCUACGUUUACCAUCCAGAUGAACCAAGAUGGCCGCCGUUAAGGGGCUUGGAGAGUUAAAAGGGCUGUGAAUUUUGUAAACACCACUGUCUCGCUGGCUUGUUUUUCCUCGCUAGCUUAACGUGAUGGUAUUUUGUUCCAUUGUAAGGAUGACCUUUAAAAUAAAACAAAGUUUAAAUGUG